AUUAUAUGUAUAUAUCCAAAAGAUUUUAUCAAUAUUCAGACGAUAAAUGAGGCAUAUCUCUUAAUGAGCAUAAUCUUGUCCAAUCUGUACAUAUAUAUCCUUCCAAUCCCACCAUGAAUUGCACUAAAUGCAUUGCGAUUUAAUCUCAUACAUCACAUAUCCUUUCUCUAUAUAAACACGCACACCCUCUUCUCAUAACCAAACCAAGACCUAUCACUCCCACCAUGGCAAGUAGCAAUCUGCUUGACUGGCCAGAACCCAUUGUACCAGUGCAAACUCUUUCCAACUCUGGUAUGAGCUCCUUGCCACAACAGUACAUCAAGCCUCCAUCUGAGCGUCCUAGUGAUGUCACAAAUGAUCCUAAUCUCAGCAUCCCAGUUAUCGAUCUUGCUAGCUUCUCUAAUGCCCCUGAACAUCACCAAGAAAUGCUAAAAGCAAUAGCCUCUGCAUGCAAGAACUGGGGUUUCUUCCAGUUAGUGAACCAUGAUGUGGACACGGAGGCUGUGAGGAGGAUGAGAAGUGCAUGGAGGGAGUUCUUUGACCUCCCCAUGGAAGAGAAGAAGGUACAUGCCAACUUACCGGUAACAUAUGAGGGCUAUGGAAGCCGCCUUGGAGUUGAGAAAGGGGCAAUCUUGGAUUGGAGUGACUAUUACUUCCUUAAUCUCUUCCCAAGUGAUAUCAGAAACCUUGACAAGUGGCCAAAGAUUCCUACUGACCUGAGGGAAGCCACUGAGAAGUAUGCAUGCCAACUAAUAAGUCUCUGUCAAGUCUUGCUCAAGGCUAUGUCCAGUAGCUUAGGGUUGGAGGAGGACUACCUCCAUAAUGCUUUUGGUGGCAGUGAUGGCAUCUCGGCUACCAUGCGUGUGAACUACUAUCCAAGAUGCCCACAGCCUGAGCUCACUCUUGGUCUCUCAUCUCACUCUGACCCCGGUGGCAUCACCUUGCUCCUCACUGAUGAUAACGUCGAGGGGACACAGGUACGCAAGGGAGACGCAUGGGUCACCGUGCAACCAGUCCCAGGUUCCUUCCUCGUAAACGUUGGUGAUCAGAUUCAGAUCCUGAGCAACGGGUGUUACAGGAGCGUGGAGCACCGUGCGCUGGCCAACUCCGACAAGGAGCGCUUCACCAUCUCCUUCUUCUGCAACCCUCGAGGCGACCUCCCCAUCGCUCCGGCGAGGGAGCUCGUCGGCCCGGGCUCGCCGGCGCUGUACCAGGAGGCCCUCACCUUCAGCGACUACCGCAAGUACAUGCGCACCAAGGGCCCCAGCGGCAAGACGCAGGUGCAGUCCAUCAGCAGCGCCAUGCAGCCAGGGCCUGCAGCUUGAUCCACCAUCACUUCUCAGUCAGCAUGGAUAAAUCGUAAAUGUAUCAGCAUGGACAGCAUUUGAAUCUGUUAUAGGUUGCCAGUGGUUGAGAGAUACAGUAUGGGCAUCAUGCAUGUAAUUUGUUUGUACAAUUUGAAUCCUUGCUAUUGUAUCUUAAUCAGUGUGCCUUCCAUUUUAUACAAAUGCU